UGGAAACAAUUUUUUACUUGCAGGCUUGCCUUUAUCUGGUCUAUCAGACUCUCGGUGGAGAGAGAGAUAUUGGGAGGCAUGGGUGGAAAGAGAAAGAAGAGCGACGAAGAACCUUUAGCGGAGGAAGAACAACCACAACUGAAGAAGAGACAGGUACUCCCAUCAUUGAUAAAGAACAAAGAGAAGAGAUCUGCUCUUCACGUGAAGCUUAAACGUGAGAAGAAGCUUGAGAAGCGUAAAAAGACUAAAGCUCGUGAUGCUGCAGAGAAGAGAGCUCUUGAGCUUGGUGAAGAGCCUCAGCCGAAGAAGGUCCCUCAUACAAUUGAGAACACGAGGGAAUUUGAUGAGACAGUCUGUAAGCCAGACGAUGAAGAGCUAUUUGCGACAAAUGAUGACGAUGAGUUUAGUGCGAUUCUUAAAAGACAACGUACUCCAAAGAUAUUAAUCACUACUUGUCGUUUCAAUUCUAGUAGAGGACCCGCAUUCAUCUCAGAGUUACUCUCAAUAAUCCCAAAUGCACACUAUUAUAAAAGAGGAACCUAUGAGUUGAAAAAGAUUGUGGAGUAUGCAAAGAAGGACGACUUCACUUCUCUUAUAGUUGUCCAUACUAAUCGUAGGGAGCCAGAUGCUCUUCUAGUCGUUGGCUUGCCUGAUGGACCAACCGCACAUUUUAAGCUCUCCAAACUAGUUUUACGGAAGGACAUUAAGAACCAUGGUAAUCCAACAGGUCAUAAGCCUGAGCUUGUGUUGACAAACUUCACAACACGUUUGGGUCAUCAUAUUGGGAGGUUCUUACAAUCACUCUUUCCUCAAGAUCCAAAUUUCCAUGGGAGGCGAGUUGUGACCUUCCACAAUCAGCGUGACUUUAUUUUCUUCCGUCACCAUAGGUACAUUUUUGACACCAAGGAAAGCAAGCCAAGUGAUUCAAAAGGUAAAAAAAUGGAGGGCGACAAGGAUGACAAAAUCUCUCAAGAAAGAGUGGUUGCACGCCUUCAGGAAUGUGGUCCACGUUUCACAUUGAAGUUGAUAAGUCUGCAGCAUGGAACAUUUGAUACGAAAAAUGGGGAAUAUGAGUGGGUUCACAAGCCGGAGAUGGACACUAGCCGCAGGAGGUUUUUCUUAUGAUUUGUUUGGCAAUGUUCUUUCGAGUUCAUUCAUUGCGGAAGGUAAGCUUAUUUUUGUAGAGAGAUUUGGUUCCUACACCUGAACAAGAACUGAUGAGCAAGAUACAAUGUAUCCUCUCUCCACUAAACUAGCCAAUUCCCUAGAAGAUCAUUGCUACUUAUUGUUUGCCUAUGUUGUAUUAGCUUAGAACGGUUUGUUCCAUGUGCAACUCCAAAACCAAUAGACAAUUAGUUGAUUGAU